AUGGCCAAUAGAGGACCUGCUUUUGGACUUAGUGCUCAGGUAGCUAACAAGAUGGCUGGUAAGAGAGAUGCUCAACUUGAGAGUGAACUUCUUCAAUGGAUCGAAACAAUCAUGGGCGAGAAAUUACCUUCUGGACCAUACGAAGAAAUUCUUCGAGAUGGAACCGUUCUGUGCAAGUUCAUGAACAAACUGAUGCCCGGAUGCAUCCAGAAAAUCAACACAUCCGGGGGUCAGUUUAAGAUGAUGGAGAACAUCACCCGAUUCCAGGAGGCCGCCAAGAAGUGGGGUGUCCCUGAGAUCGACGUUUUCCAGACUGUUGACCUGUGGGAAAAGAGGAACAUUUCACAGGUCAACCAGUGUCUCAUGGCCUUGGGAAGAGCCUGCUACACACAUCCUGACUACACUGGUCCCUGCCUCGGUCCCAAACCCUCUGAAGAGAAUAAACGCGAGUUCACCGAGGAGCAGAUGAGGGCCAGCGAGGGCAUCAUCAACCUCCAGUAUGGAACCAACAAGGGCGCCAACCAGAGUGGCCAGAGUUUCGGCACUACCAGGCACAUGUAA